UUUAUCAAAGAAAGACUAGCUAGAGAACAUUUUUUUGAACUGUUAACAGAGAACGGUUUCGUGAUGGAAAAUAUGAUUAGAGUAACCGGUGAAACUAAGCGAGUUUUUACUUUUGGCAAAGGAAGGAGUGAAGGUAGCAAGGGCAUGAAGUCCUUGUUGGGAGGAAAGGGAGGAAGCCUUGCAGAAAUGGCAAGCAUUGGGUUAUCUGUACCACCAGGAAUUACUAUAUCAACAGAAGCAUGCCAAGAAUAUCAGCUGAAUGGAAGGGAGUUGCCAGAAGGUUUAUGGGAGAAAGUAUUGGAAGGCUUGGAGACGAUGGAGAAGGACAUUAAAGCUUCUCUUGGUGACCCUUCUAAGCCCCUCCUCAUCUCUGUCCGCUCUGGUGCUGAGAUUUCCAUGCCUGGCAUGAUGGACACUGUCCUAAACCUUGGACUUAAUGAUGAAGUAGUUACUGGUUUGGCCUCAAAAAGUGAAGAGCGCUUCGCUUAUGACUGUUACAGACGUUUUCUAGACAUGUUUGGAAAUGUUGUAUUGGGAAUUCCACACAAAUUAUUUGAGGAGAAGUUAGAAAAGCUGAAGAAUGAAAAAGGAGUCAAACUUGACACUGAUCUAACAGCUUCUGAUCUCAAAGAGCUGGUGAAGCAGUACAAGAAUGUUUACCUUGAAUCCAAGGGUGAAAAGUUUCCUUCAGAUCCAAAACAACAAUUGCAGUUGGCUAUUAAAGCUGUUUUUGAUUCUUGGGAUAGCCCAAGGGCCAUCAAAUACCGGAGCAUUAAUCAAAUAACUGGGUUGAAGGGAACUGCAGUAAGCAUUCAAUGCAUGGUGUUCGGGAACAUGGGAAAUACUUCAGGGACAGGUGUUCUAUUUACUAGGAAUCCUAGCACCGGUGAGAAGAAGCUCUAUGGGGAGUUUCUACCCAAUGCUCAGGGAGAAGAUGUAGUUGCUGGAAUUAGGACACCAGAAGACUUCAACACCAUGAAAAGUAGCAUGCCUAACGCUUACAAGGAGCUUGUAGAGAACUGUGAAAUUCUAGAGCGACAUUACAAAGAUAUGAUGGACAUCGAAUACACAGUCCAAGAAGAUAGGUUGUGGAUGUUGCAAUGCCGUCCUGGAAAGCGUACUGGUAAAGCUGCAGUAACGAUAGCUGUAGACAUGGUUAACGAAGGGCUUGUUGAUAAGAGCUCCGCAAUCAAGAUGGUGGAGCCACAACAUCUUGACCAACUUCUUCAUCCACAGUUUGAGGAUCCGACUGCUUACAAAGACAAAGUGGUCGCCAAGGGCUUGCCUGCAUCUCCAGGAGCUGCAGUGGGGCAGAUUGUGUUCAGAGCUGAGGAUGCUGAAGCAUGGCAUGCAGAAGGAAAGAGUGUCAUCUUGGUGAGGACAGAGACCAGACCUGAGGAUGUUGGUGGUAUGCAUGCAGCUGUUGGGAUCUUGACAGCUAGAGGUGGCAUGACGUCUCAUGCAGCUGUUGUGGCACGUGGGUGGGGAAAGUGUUGUAUUUCUGGCUGUUUUGAAAUCCAUGUAAAUGACCUCAAGAAGGUAGUUGUGAUUGGGCAUAUAGUGAUUAAGGAAGGAGAAUGGCUCUCACUCAAUGGCUCCACAGGUGAAGUGAUAUUGGGAAAACAACCACUCUCUCCUCCAACAUUAAGUGGUGACUUGGAGAUCUUUAUGUCUUGGGCCGAUAAGAUAAGGCAUCUCAAGGUUAUGGCAAAUGCUGACACCCCUGAGGAUGCAUUAAUAGCAAGAAAGAAUGGUGCCAGUGGGAUUGGCCUUUGCAGGACAGAGCACAUGUUCUUUGCUUCAGAUGAAAGGCUAAAGGCUGUUAGGAAGAUGAUAAUGGCAGUUACACAAGAACAAAGGAAGGAAGCUUUGAACUCUUUGUUACCUUAUCAAAGAUCUGACUUUGAGGGAAUUUUUCAUGCAAUGGAUGGCCUUCCAGUAACAAUCCGACUGUUAGAUCCUCCACUUCAUGAAUUUCUUCCGCAAGGUGACCACCAACAGAUUGUGAGCGAACUAACUGCAGAGACUGGCAUAAAUGAAGAGGAAGUUUUUUCAGCAAUUGAAAAGUUAUCAGAAGUAAAUCCCAUGCUUGGUUUCAGAGGCUGCAGGCUAGGGAUAGCAUAUCCAGAACUCACUGAAAUGCAGGCACGUGCAAUCUUUCAGGCUGCUGUCUCAAUGAGCAACCAAGGUGUUGAAGUUUUUCCUGAGAUAAUGGUUCCCCUUGUUGGAACACCUCAGGAACUUGGACAUCAAGUGAGUUUAAUACGAAGUGUCGCAAAGAAGGUGUUCUCUGAGAUGGGUUCCUCCUUGAGCUAUAAGGUGGGGACCAUGAUUGAAAUCCCCAGAGCUGCUCUUGUUGCAGAUGAGAUUGCAAAGGAAGCAGAUUUCUUCUCCUUUGGAACCAAUGAUCUCACACAGAUGACCUUUGGUUACAGUAGAGAUGAUGUUGGCAAGUUUCUCCCAACUUACCUAGCCCAAGGCAUUCUGCAAAAUGAUCCAUUCGAGGUACUUGAUCAAAGAGGUGUUGGUCAGCUCAUCAAGAUUGCCACAGAAAGGGGUCGUGCAGCUAGACCUAGCUUAAAGGUUGGAAUAUGUGGAGAGCAUGGGGGGGAACCUUCUUCCAUUGCCUUCUUUGCAGAGGCUGGACUGGACUAUGUUUCAUGUUCUCCAUUCAGGGUUCCUAUUGCUAGGCUUGCAGCUGCUCAAGUUGUUGUCUGAGAGGGUUAACUACUUCGACAAGUUUCUUGAAAUGUAUAAAUCAUAUACAGAAAUAUUCAAUGAUUACAUUGGUGUAAGAAGAAUAAGGCAAAGAAAAAGGGAUGCUAUCAAAUAAGUGUAAAAAAAACAAAGGACAAGUCCUCCUAGUCCUAUGGGGAAUCAGAAUAUAUGGUUUGACAGGAAAACCUGAUGAAUAA